AUGGAAAACGAAGCUAACGGUUUGACAGAGUCCUCCGAGGCCAGAAACACCACAGACCGUACCUUACGCCUGGAACUAAUUUCUCGUAAUCAAAAUGGCCUACGCCAUGACCAAGACACAGGGGUGGGGGCAGAGGUAAGAAACAUUGAAUACAGUAUAGCCUUAAAAAUAAAGAGAGGGGAACUGAUAUUGCCUGUCUGGGACUACGUAGCCGGCCGACUAGGGGAAGGAGGGCGUUGUAAAAGCAAUUCAUCAAAAUUGAAGCUGAGAUCACAGCUUUUAUUUACUGCGACAUGAAAACUGGAGCUACGAGGCCAAAUGAUCCAGAAAAUUUGAUCGCAGAGGCUCAGUCAAAAAUUGAUUCCCUGUAUGGCAAAAGAUACUUUGGAGAAUUACAAAAUAAACUCACGAAAAUCUUUGUUGUUUCCCAGUUGCGACUGCCCCCUGGAGGUACUUUGCGACAUCUUUACAAAAAAAAUAUUUCUAGUUUUUAUUUAAUUAAAACAAAAACAUUUCAGAGAUUUAUGAGGCAUCAAAACGAGUGCACCAAGCGAGUAAAAUGAUUCUAAAUCGUCCGCUCUAAGAGCUAGCCAUAUAAUAAACAUUUUUGCAAAUUAUUUUGUUUCGUUUCUCUAGAUUGUCGGGUCAAGCAACACUGCUAUCGACUCCUCUGCGGCCGGUUUCCCUUCGGCCGAAGUCUUCCCAACGAACACUCAAGCUUCAGCUUUGUUUGCAUUGUCUGCACUGAACUUAAGACCUUGGAAUGUUGAGUCUUUAGAGUCCACGAACAACAGUCAUCUUGCAUUGGAGCAAGGAGUAGCUAGAGCAAAGGUCCAAAUGAACAGGAGAAUGCGGGAAAGAGAACAACGUGAAUUGGAGCGGGAACAACUUCAAACGAACCAGGACAGAAUGAAAGAGAGAUUAGAAUGA